AUCACAAUGCUUUGAGCCUUACCGCAUUUCAGAGGGGGAAAAAAAAGUUACCUAGGAGGUCUGAUUUUUCAAAAUUUGCAUACAUGCAAAUGUGCCGCUCGGCCGCCUCCUGGGUUCCCUGCGUGCCCACCCAGCGGCCCGGGGGUCCGGGGCAACCUGGCAGAGUUGCCCGAGUCCUCCGCCGAGGUCCGCGCAGGUCUGCGGCGGGGGUGGGGGGAUGGGGACGAGGAAAAGUAGUUUUGUUUGCUUAAGCACAUCCUGUGGCAGCCUAUAGCCGCCCGGAGUACAGGCUGUGACUGCUCCUCACUGCGCUACCCAGCACUGCGCCGAGCGCGGAGGGGGCGGGGGCCGGGGAGCAGCGGGAGAGCGAGCGGGCGAGGAGCCGGCGAGGGCGCGAGCGGCCGCGGAGACUCGGGACCCGGCGGGCCGCGCGGCGCCGCAGCCGCCCCCUCCCCCAGCGCCCCCCCGCGGCGGGCGGCGGCCGAGCCGUGCGGUGCAGCGCGGAGGCGCAGGCGGCGGGCGCGCGGGCAGCUCGCGGGCACCCGGCCGGGCGGCGCGGGAGCGGGAAACGGUGCGCUAUGCCUUUAACGCCCGCGUGCCGGAGACAUGUAUAGUGGAGUGUAGGGAAACUCUAGGCGGGGUUAAAGUUCAGCGCAUGGAGCGGCAGUAGCGCUGGCUGGCUGCAGUUGAGCCGAGUUGGAAAUGUGAACGCAAGAAGCAGGCUUGAUUUUUUUUUUCUCCCCCUCUUCUCUCUCUCUCUCCCUUUCUCCCUCUUUCUCCUCUCUCACCCACACUCACGCACACCUCCACACCGCACACCCAGACGCACACGCACACCCCGGCGCCCGGCAGUUAUGUAUUCUCCGCUCUGUCUCACCCAGGAUGAAUUUCAUCCUUUCAUCGAAGCACUUCUGCCCCACGUCCGAGCCUUCGCCUACACGUGGUUCAACCUACAGGCCCGAAAACGAAAAUACUUCAAAAAGCAUGAAAAACGUAUGUCGAAAGAAGAAGAGAGAGCCGUGAAGGAUGAAUUGCUAAGUGAAAAACCAGAGGUCAAGCAGAAGUGGGCGUCUCGACUUCUGGCAAAGUUACGCAAAGACAUCCGUCCCGAGUACCGAGAGGAUUUUGUUCUUACAGUUACAGGGAAAAAACCUCCGUGUUGUGUCCUUUCCAACCCAGACCAGAAAGGCAAGAUGCGAAGAAUUGACUGCCUCCGCCAGGCAGAUAAAGUCUGGAGGUUGGACCUUGUCAUGGUGAUUUUGUUUAAAGGUAUCCCGCUGGAAAGUACUGAUGGUGAGCGCCUUGUAAAGUCCCCACAGUGCUCUAAUCCAGGGCUCUGUGUCCAACCCCAUCAUAUAGGGGUUUCUGUUAAGGAACUCGAUUUAUAUUUGGCAUACUUUGUGCAUGCAGCAGAUUCAAGUCAAUCUGAAAGUCCCAGCCAGCCAAGUGACGUUGACAUUAAGGACCAGCCAGAAAAUGGACAUUUGGGCUUCCAGGACAGUUUUGUCACAUCAGGUGUUUUCAGUGUGACUGAGCUAGUGAGAGUGUCACAGACACCAAUAGCUGCAGGAACUGGCCCCAAUUUUUCUCUCUCAGAUUUGGAAAGUUCUUCAUACUACAGCAUGAGUCCCGGAGCCAUGAGGAGGUCUUUACCCAGCACGUCCUCCACGAGCUCCACAAAGCGCCUCAAGUCUGUGGAGGACGAGAUGGACAGUCCCGGUGAAGAGCCGUUCUAUACUGGCCAGGGGCGCUCCCCAGGAAGCGGCAGCCAGUCAAGCGGGUGGCAUGAAGUGGAGCAAGGGAUGCCAUCUCCAACCACACUGAAGAAGUCUGAGAAGUCUGGUUUCAGCAGCCCCUCCCCAUCGCAGACCUCUUCCCUAGGAACGGCCUUCACACAGCAUCACCGACCUGUCAUCACAGGACCCAGAGCGAGCCCACAUGCAACACCGUCAACUCUUCAUUUCCCGACAUCACCCAUCAUCCAGCAGCCUGGGCCUUACUUCUCACACCCAGCCAUCCGCUACCACCCUCAGGAGACGCUGAAAGACUUUGUCCAACUUGUCUGCCCUGACGCUGGCCAGCAGGCUGGACAGGUGGGGUUCCUCAAUCCCAAUGGGAGUAGCCAAGGCAAGGUGCACAACCCGUUCCUCCCCACCCCGAUGUUGCCGCCACCGCCACCACCACCGAUGGCCAGGCCAGUGCCUCUGCCGGUGCCAGACACGAAGCCUCCCACCACGUCAGCAGAAGGAGGUGCAGCCUCCCCAACCUCACCAACCUACUCGACACCCAGCACCUCCCCCGCAAACCGAUUCGUCAGUGUCGGACCUCGGGAUCCAAGCUUUGUAAAUAUCCCUCAGCAGACACAGUCCUGGUACCUGGGAUAAAAGUUGCAGUGUCCCACCAUCCACCAGACAGACCACCUGACCCCUUCUCAACUCUGUAACACGGAUGCAGCCUCCACCCAGCGCAGUUACAAUUUCACUGUCAGUGGAAGGGGGACAAACACCGAUUCAGAUCAACUCGUACAUGGAAACAGAGAGCAUUAUGGUCAAACAGCAAAGGCCAUAACCUUUUGGGAUUUUUUUUUUAAAUACUUUAGGGACUGUUGUAAUUUCUCAUAUGGUGCUGGAAAUGGUCGGGCUUUGUAACCUUGGAAGUGUUUCCGUGGUAGCAGGAGCAUUAGGUGGCGUGGCUAGCGGAAGACGACCCUUGCUCACUGACUCCCUGUUGUAACACACUUUCCUUAUGGGGCCCGGCUGUUUCACAGUAUUUCAUGAAUUUGCCCACGCAGGUGUGAUCCUCCUUGACCAUUCAGGGGACACAUGGAGAACUAAAUCUUUUGUAGUAGCUGAGAUCUGCAAUAUGUAACUUACGGGACGGUCAAAGGGCAAUGUUUUUCUGUAACAUAUUGGAAAAAGAAAAUGCCGUUUAUGUUCCUUUUUUAUUUUUUCUUUUAGUUUGGUUUGGUUCAGCAGUCAGCAGUUAAUUAUAUGACAUGGCCCGCAAGGACAACGAAUCCACCCACAUUGCAGAACAAUUCCGAAAAUGGCAAACUACUACUACUACUACUACUAUUCAGUUUUGUAAAAGUUUUGAAAUGCUGCACUUAACAUUAAAAAAAAAAACAAAAAAAAAACAAAAAAAAAAAACAUUUUUUCAACAAUUUCAACAAUGACACAAAAUUCACAUGGGAAUGGGGAAGAUGGUCUGUUUUGACAGAAACUGACAGGAAUCAAUCAAAACAAUCGAAUUUUGAAUUGAGUAAAGUGCAAUUUCAUUGGAUAGCUAAAUAUCUUUGUAAGAUAGAGAUUGUUGAAAAUUCUAUUUUUGUUUUUCAAGUCCUUUCACCCCAGGACUCUAAAUUAUUGGGGUAAAAAAACAGCCUUGCAAGAAAAAGGGGAGCUAUUUUUGCUUUUUAUGUUUUUUAUUAUUAAACUUGUAUCCCUUUAAAAAGAAGGAAAAUUAAAAAAAAAACAAAUCUAAUGGUGCUUUUACCACAAUAUGUUAACUACAUUUAAAUGCUAAUUAUUUUCUGUUAUCAAAGCACAUAACUAAAAUGAAAUCAUGGUAUCUGUUAAUUUUAUAAGCUAGCAGUCACUCUCAUGGGUUAUGCCAAUUCUGAAAAUUUUUACAUGUAUCUGGCAACAUAGGAUUUAUCAGUUAUCAGACACCUCAUGGUACCAGAGAUUGUCCAGCAGUUUUAAAGACCUUUGCGUCCCUGAACUGGGCUAUGGGAAAAAAACAAAUAAUAAUAACAACAAUGAAACCAAUACUGACAUAAACGCUGGUGCCCAUUCCGAUCAAGGGUACUUGUUAGGGGAAAAAAAAAAAAAACAGUUUGCACCUCCAAACAUCCUGUAUCUUAUGUAAAAAAAACAAACAAACAAAAAAAAAACCCCACAGAAACAAAAACAAAAAAAAGUGCAAGUGAUUUUUUCUACCAGACAGCGAAGCACCCCUUUGCUUCCCGUACAACUUCAAGAAGGUUUCCUAUACUAUACAUAUAUAUACGUUCUGGUUGGCAGGCCCUGCUGAUCAGAGAGUCUCUGCAUGUUCUAGUGUUAGUAACUAAUUUUUAUAUAGUUAAUGUAGGAUAAAGUAGAGUGCAUUAAGACACAAUAUUGUAAUCCCUCCUCUAGGCACUUGCCUUUAAACUAUGUUUUUCAGCCCUUCAGAAGGGCUCUACUACUGUCCUGUACAAUCAAGUAACUGAAAUUCUUGGGAAGACACUUUGCUCCUCAUCUUCCCCCCCCCCAAACAAUGUUGUUUUGUUUUGUUUUUUUUCCUUAAUUUGCACGAAAACAAAAAUUCCAUAUCAAUGUGCCUUGCCCUGGAUAGCGAUUAUUUGUGGAAUUGUUGCACAUGAUGCUCCUCUUUAUUGAAAGGGGUUUUUCCCUCGUCAAGCAUUUGGAGACACUUUUUGUAAAUGUGACUUUUAUGUCAGCCAUCGUCAGUUUCAACACCUAGAACUAAGUAGGAAGUUAGCUGUUCCGCAGAUAGGAGUCGUGUUUGUUGUCCUGUACGGUCGGUGGCAGUGCUAUUCUGAGAUCUGUAGAUGCUUAGAAUAUCAGUAUUUUGGAUGUUGCUGCAUUUUACAAUUUAUUUGGAGUCUUCCUUUAUUUCCCUCCCCCUCCCCAGAUAUAUGAAAAUAUGCAAUACCUGCUUAUAUCAUGUAGGAAAGCUUAGCAAUUAUUAAUUUUUCUUUCUUUUUUUUUUUUAUUUGACCAAAGUCGGUGCUGCACUCGACGCAGUUGUUUUAGGUGUUUGUCUUUGUACUUUUUUGUGAUUUUUGAAUGCACGCACGCAGGAAGGGCUCCUCUUAGAGAAGCAGUCAAACUGUGAAGCACUAAGCUGACCCUGCUUCAAGCAAUUUUGUUUUUACAACUGUUCCUUUCACAAGCAAGCCUUAAAAAAAAAAAAAAAGACAACUUCCUUUUUCUUCAGCUCCCACACCCCAUUUUUCUUAGCAGACUGCAGUCAAUCCACAUUCAAUAAAAAGUAUAUAAUGCCCAUUUUUAUAUGCACGUUUUUAAACUUCCAAGUUCUGAAAAUUGUUUACUGGUUAUCUCUAUUUAAGGAAAAAAAAAUAAAAUAAAACAUUUUGGAUUUUCCUAUGUGUCUGAUAAGUGGUUGAGUAGUCGUUUGGCUCUGUCGUACGGUGUGACUGUCAGUGUAUGGUGUCACUUCUCUAGCCAGCCAGCAUACUUUGCCUUCCCCUAUAGCACUUAGCUGGGCAUUACUUUAUUAUGACAUAUGUGCACUAAAAAAAAAAAAAAGGAAAAAAAGAAAAAAAAGAAAAAAUUGCAGCUUUCAGUGCUUCACAGUGAAGGGAAAAAAGCCUAGACAAACAUUUUGUCAGAACCUUGGAAUAAGCCAAGGUAUUACCAGUAAAUUGGUUGUAUAUACAAUAAAAUUGCACCCUUUUUUAAACAAAACAAACUAAGCAAUAGUUUGGGCAGUUUUAGUUGUUUUUAGUGAGCAUGUUGUCAUGACUGCAAAGAGAGAGAAUAAACUGCCCACUCAGAAGAUAUGUAAUUUGUAUUGUUGUAUAGUUUUAUUGAUUACACUGAUUUAGCCUACCCUAUUUUAUAAUGCAGGACUUUUGUAAUGUUGUUUAAAUGAGGAAAAAUUUCUGUCAAAUUAGCCUAGUGAAAUUUCUGAGUGUUCAUUAUAAAGGCGGCGUUCAUAGAAUUCCUUUUCUUUCCCUCCUCCCCACCCCUCUUUGGGAACUGGAUUUAAGUUUAAAACUUUCCUGUUUCCUUUUUUUUUUUUUUUGUAAGUAUUUAAAUACAGUUAUUUUUUUUUUCUCUCAAUGGUAUAGCAUAUUCCUAUGCUUGAGAAGUAUAGGUCUACUGAAAAACCAUUGUAAAUGGACGUUACAGGUAUGCUGUAUUUUUGAAGGUAUUUUGUUGUAUUAAGUUUGAUGAAGCUAAAAUUAGGAAACUCAGAACAGAUGUGCAGGAAAAAGAAAUGUUUUAAAGGCUUUAAAACAUUAGGGAGGCAGACUAGGGUGUUAAUGAACAGGGGUUAAGUAUUAAAUACACUAAGUUACAUUUUUUUAUUCAUGUUUCAUUGUCCAGAAAGCAGCAGGAAAUGUAGUUCAGUUGUUGAUCAAACAGGAAAAAAAAGAAACACCCACAAUAUGAGUGUUUUGCUUUUUAGACUAAAAGCCUAGCAGAGAUGUUUAAGGAAGACUUUGCUACCUGGGGUGUGUAGACAGACAGACUGAGAGCUAUCGGCAUUUGAAGGCCCAGACCUUGAUUCUGAAACACAUUUGAAUUUUUUUUCUCUUCCGUCAAAUGGCAUUAACAAGCUAGAUAAAGAUAAGCCCCUCACGUGACUCGGUGUGUUUUUUCUUUGGGAACUGAAAUCCGAGGCAUGGACACUGAAUCUCACCAUUUUUCUAUCUACUUUUCUUUCUGGCCCCUCUCCCUGCCAUGGAAACCCCCCAUUUCUGACCGUUGGCGGGCAGAGGCCCUCUUGCUAACGCCUCCCCCACCGUCCCAGCAAGUCUUUUCCUUUCCUCUGAGGUUUGAACUGAUGUUUCUGCUUCUUCACACCUUGGCACGAUGGUCAUUGUCAGUCCACCUCCCAGCCCCUGCUCUGCCAUCAGGUGUGUGCUCUGAGCAGGGCACCAAGGUCACACGUCCCGAAACUUGUGUUCUUCAUUUUCUGACAGUCAAAAGUGUGAAGAAACUCAGACUUCCCAGAGCCACAUGGUUAGUCAGCCCACGGGCAUAUGCAAAACCCAUCUCAAAAGUUUCUCUUUCACUUUUUCAAAUCUUUAGUCCCCAUAUACUUUGAAUUCUAUAAUUACAGAGUCAUUAACUAUUUACAAAACGUGGAUUAAGAAACAUGGUUUUUUUCCCUGUGAUUAUUUUUGGGGGGGAGAAAGGGUUUCUGAGAAUGUCAUUUAAUGUACUUGGCAUCACAUCUCUGGAAGUAUCUUUGUCCAUAAUGGUGAUGGCUUCUGUCUAUUCUCUCUCUGGCUAUUCUUUGCUUUUUUCAUUCUUUUCCUUUCUCUCUUUUUUCCUUGAGUAGCAGGCCUCCAUAGAACAAAUCUAAAACAACCGGCAUGGUAAUGUAAGGAGAGCUUUAGUGGCACCUCACAACCCACCCUCGGAGACCUGUCCUCAGACAGUCUCGGAAAGCUGCACUGCCCCUCGGCACGGCUUUCACUGAAAUAGGCUCCCAAGGCCAAGCCUGUCUGGGAGCCGAUGCAUGUAUUUACUGUUUGACAGUGAACCCCCUCUGCCUUCUCCACGUCCAAGGCUGUGCAUUUGUCUAAUUAGCGUCAUGUAUGUUUUCCUUUUAUUUUUUCCAAUAAAAAAAGCAGUGGGAUGAAAAUUGCUUUGAUAUAUAGCAGGUAACAUUGAAGCUAUUCCAUAGCACUUAACUGUAGUGAAUACUGUGUCACCAAUUUUGAAAUCAAUUUAAUGUUUAAUGCAAAUCCAUUACAUGGUGCUAUUACAGGCUGACAAAAUGAUUUACACAAAUGUGACAACUUGGGCUCAAUUCACUCUGCUUUCCAACAGUGUAAAUGCAUAGCAGUGUUUAUCUGCAUGAGAACUAUGCACUAAUCUAUCUGAAGAAAAAAAACUGUAUCAACUUUGGUAUCUACUUUCCGUUUACUUCAAUCCUUGCCUUUUUGGUCAUUAUUAUGAUGCCAGCUUUAGGACAGAAAGAAUUAUAAGAAAACCAGCAUAAUACCUGAUAUAUUAAAAUGUAGUGCCUGUGAAAUCUGUAUUAUAUUGCUCUUCGGAAGUAAGAUUUUUUUCUACACCGGUAGCCUUUGCUGUCUGUCAGGACCUUCCGGUAUAGGUGAUGUAAAAUAACCGUACAAUAUUAAUGCAUGCCGUUCCAUAAUGCUUAGUGAACUGUAUGAAUAGUACUCAAAGUUAUGUUAGUCUUUUUUUCUGACUUGGUUCUUAUCAGCUAGGUUUAAAGGUAUUUCACUGAGAACGCAAAUUCUGUCUUUUCUUGAUUUCAGCUGUUUUCAGUAUUUUGGAGGUAUACAUUUACUUAAAUUUCAGUAUUACUUGUGUUUUGUUUUUUUGUUUUUGUUUUUGUUUUUUUGUUUGUUUUCCUUUUCCUAGGGGAUAAGCAUGGGUGUUUGAUUUCAGAAAUCAGUACCUGGUGAGAUUUUUGUCUCAAAACUACCCUUUGAAUGUCAAGAACUCUGUUACGAAGACACUCUGAGAACAUUUCUACGUGAGGGAUCCUUCCCUUGACCCUCGACUGAAGCUAUGCCAAUACUGGACUGUUUCUUAAUGGACAAGGUUCAGCCAGGUACCCAUGCUGGUCCGUCUUCACACCAGACCUCCUCAUGUUAAAAGAAAAAGAAAAAAAAAAAUCACGUGGCUAUUUAGUUUCAUGCACAGUUGCAAUAUUUUCUUCAGAAAUAAAACUCUGUACAAACUUUGGGCCCGAUUCAUAAGAAAAAAGUUUGCUAUUAACACGGGAUUUUUUAAAAAAAUACUCCUUUUGGCCUAAAUUUGAAACUACUUUCUUCCCAAAUUAAAUAAAUUUCAUCUCAUUUCUCCCCCUAAGCCAGCACCCAUCUGCCUUUUAUUCUCCCAAAGGGUUAUAUGAUCUCGAUUAGGAGGAUGGGGUGGGAGGAGCAGAUGCUGGAGGUGCUCAGAAAGACGAGGGGGACCCCCCACAGCGGGCGGGAGAGCAAGUGGGUGCAGCAUGGGGGUGGGACCUCAUCUGUGUGCCAGGCACCCUACGUCUCACACACGGAUUCAUUGUGCUAUUUGAUUCAAAAAACCAAACUUCCAAAAUGUGUCUGAACCACAGAGUAUGCAGUGCAAGUGCUACCUCUGAUCUAACCAGAGCCCCUGCCCAGCAGAAAGCACCCACCACGUUACACAAUGUGAACUUCCCUGUGUCUACAGUGGUUUCAAGGACGAAUAACGGCCAAGAUAUUGGGCCAUUUUUCCUGCUGUUUUAUACUCAACUUAUUAAAAUAGCAAAAGCUUUCUUUUUCCUUUUCUUAUUUUCUAAAUUUCUAUUAUUAUUUUCUAAAUUUUUAUUAUUAUUAAUUUUUUUUAGUAAUAGUCUGUAAAUUAGCCUUUUGGGGUUUGGGUUUUUUUUUGUUUGUUUGUUUUAUUUUGUUUUUUUAAACACUUCAACGUAAGGUCCUAGGCCGCUAGGUCUGCUGGGAUGGGGAUGUGAGGGAGCUGCCUGCUCCGUCCCUUCUCCCUGGUCUCAGCCUGUCAUCUCUGCCCUGCAAAGGAAUUUGGUCCCCUCACCACUGAGGUACAGACUAGACUAGACUAGGGGCUUUCCUAGGUUAUAAAACAGCGGUUCUCAACCUUCCUAAUGCCGCAGUGUAUUUUCAUUGUUAAAAAGGGGUCGCAACCCACAGGUUGAGAACCGCUGUUCUAGAAGGUCCUUUAGAAAGACUCCCAAAGGCAAACACAUGAUCGAUCCCCCACCCAGUCCUCAGCCCUGAUCUCUCCCCAGAAUAAAGUUCCAGGGGCUUUUUCCCACCACACAGGAAAAUCUAUCCACUCUAAAUACCUCCAUUUUUCAUUUCAAAUGGUGGGGGCAGGGAACUGAACCCUUCCAGUCGCGGUCAGGGAUGUGUUGUGAAACUCGACAACCCCGUGUUAAUAACGUGAUCUGAAAUUCGUUUUUAUGAGCCGGGCCCCGUGCCUCUAGGAUACUUGUACUGACUCUCAUAGUUACCCUUUUAGUUUUACUGUGUUCUGUGAAAAUUUGUAAUUGGUUGAGAAUCACUGUGGGCGUCCAUUCUUAUUCAACUAAAUCUCCACAGGUUUUCUGAGCUGGUGUGGAUUAGUUUAACUCUUGUAUUCAACCAUUAGUGCUACCACCUUCUCACAUUACAAUACAAUUACUGGAAGCAAGUACUGCAUUUCCUAUACAACAAAAAAGGAAAAAUAAAAAAAUUGCUAAUGCUA